AUGUGGCCGUCAGCUUCCUGGCCAGCACAGGUGUGCGCAGGGCUGGCUUUGGCUCUCUCGCUGACGAUGGGAGCUGGUCGAAGGGACUACAAGGACCAGGACAGAAUGAACUCAGACAUAUCGCUCUGGAUUGACGAGAGACAAGUCAGGAUGUUCAGUGGUAUUUCUAUGCAAGUAUUUGCAAUACAGAAUGGAAAUAUACAACCUUACAUAUUAGAUCCAAACUUUUCGCACAAGCUGCCCAUAAUACCAUCUGAAGUUGGAUACGUGAAUUUUACAUGGAGAUCGAAAAAGAGAUAUUAUUAUAAUUUUGAUACACUUACUUCUUUCGAUCUAAAGGUGUUGAAGCCUCCUAUUUUAUCUAUUAAGACCCAGGGAAGGGUACCUAAAACUCCUAAAGAAUUUAGCAUAUUCCUACCCUGCAUGGGUAAUGUCAGCGGAGUAGCGACGUUUGAAAUAGGUUUAGUACUGAAAAACGGUCGCGGAAUUCCGUUAAAAGGAACGCCAUUAAGGCUAAAUUUAAAAAAGGAAUGCGCACAGAGAGGUGUGUAUUUAGAAAGGACAGGUCCCGAUCCGGAAUGUGAUAAAAAGUGCGCGAAUCAAGGCUGGUGUAACAGCGAAAAAAUAUGUCAAUGUCCAGACGGUUAUAUGGGACAGCAUUGUAGAACGGCACUUUGCUACCCUCAAUGUAUGAAUGGCGGGAAUUGUACAGCUCCGGGGGUCUGUUCUUGUCCACCUGGAUACCAGGGAAGGCAUUGUGAAGGAGGUAAGGACAUCAGAGAAACUCUUAAACGUUAG